GUUCUGGUUUGUCUUGGCGGUCGAGCUUGGGCGCACAACCGUUUUGGGGCGGGCAUUGACGUCCAUCCCACCAGCACAUGCACCAUUACCGCUUCCACAACUCGCACAGCUCCCGCAACCACCACAACUCAACCACCACCGCCAUUGCUCACUCCUGUUGGAGCCGUCGGGACAUCAGACCUGGGCUUCGCAGGAACAGGCGUGGCGACGCGGGUGAGGCCCAUCCGUGUGGUGCACGCUGCGCAGUAACCCAGCCCGCAGCCGUUGUGGUCCCCAUCGUGGUCCCUAGCCCCAGCCGCGGGCCUUUCAAUUUUGCAUUCGUUUUGGCUUCCCCACUGCUCCCGCCGCUAGCAGGCUCGCUCCAGGGUGUGACUGGUUGUACCACAAAAGCCACCAGCUGCCGUCGUUUCCGCCUGGCUCCCCUAUUCCCUGCCCGCCGUACCGGCCUUUCUCGUUGGGGGGUUUAGAGAAGCCUGUCGGCCGUGAUAAGGGCACCACCGUUGCCAAUCAAAAUCUCCAUCCCCUCCCCGUCCCCGUCCCAGGGCGUCGUGCGCUCUGUGGUCGUCGCUCCAAUACCAGACCUGCCUAACCCACCUAGGCAGAGUCCUCGCACCAGCAUCGGCCACCCCCCGUCGCCGCGUCGCCGUCAUUUCGCGCCCAAGAGACUUGGGUGAAAAAAAGAAGAGGAAUAGAAUAGUAAUAACCGCCGCGAAAUGACAACCGCGGUCUCGGGCAGCGUCGUCGAGCCACCGCAUCCCGCCUCGCCAGGAGAGCGAGCCCACGCCUACCCGUCCGUCUCGAGAUCGCAGUCGACACGCACUGCGCGGCCUUCGACAGCCCAACAAGCACAUCGGGCCGCAUCCCAUUCGCAUUCGCACAACCAUUCAGCCAGCAUGUCUAGCCGUCCCUCCUCGUCCACCCGCCCCGUGCAGGACGUGCUUCCCCAGCAUGAUUACGAAACGACGAAUGUCGCUCAGAAACGGAGCUCAAGCAACGAUCGCCACCAGCCGUCGUCGGCGAGGGCCGAGUCGGGCACCAGGCAUCACCACCGCACCCCGAGCCAAAGAUCUGCCGCCAACGGCACUGCCGACAUGCCUCCUCCUCCCUCUUCCGACCAGAGGUCUCGCAAACCGCGCACCAUCAUCCCCGCCCAGUCUGGCAAAUGGAGCCUGGGCAAGACAAUCGGGGCUGGCAGCAUGGGCAAAGUCAAGCUCGCCAGGAAGGAGGACGGUUCCGAACAGGUCGCAUGCAAGAUCAUUCCCAGGGUCACCCCUGACGAUGGCCACACACCUCGCGCAGAGCGGGAAAGGGCAGACCUGUCCAAGGAAGUCCGAACGGCUCGCGAGGCCGCCAUCGUGACACUCCUAAGCCACCCUCAUAUCUGCGGCCUACGCGAUGUCGUCCGAACCAACUACCAUUGGUACAUGCUCUUCGAAUACGUCAACGGCGGCCAGAUGCUCGACUAUAUCAUCUCGCACGGCAAGCUCAAGGAGAAGCAGGCCAGGAAGUUCAGCAGACAGAUCGCGAGCGCUCUCGACUACUGCCAUCGCAACAGCAUUGUCCACAGAGAUCUCAAGAUUGAGAACAUACUCAUCAGCAAGACGGGUGAUAUCAAGAUCAUCGACUUCGGCCUCAGCAACCUCUUCUCCCCGCGUAACCACCUUAAGACCUUCUGCGGUAGUCUAUACUUCGCCGCCCCUGAGCUCUUGCAGGCGCGGCCGUAUCAGGGCCCGGAAGUUGAUGUCUGGAGUUUCGGGAUUGUGCUCUAUGUCCUGGUGUGCGGAAAAGUCCCGUUCGACGACCAGAACAUGCCUGCCCUUCACGCCAAGAUCAAGAAGGGAAUCGUCGACUACCCCAACUGGCUUUCCACCGAAUGUAGGCACCUUCUCUCUCGAAUGCUCGUCACGGAUCCGAAACAGCGCGCCACGAUGGCCGAGGUCAUGUCACAUGCCUGGAUGACCAAGGGCUACAGUGGCGCGCCUGAGAACUACCUGCCGCACAGGGAGCCUCUCACACUUCCCCUAGACCAGGAGGUUGUCAACGGAAUGACAGGUUUUAGCUUCGGGCCGCCAGAGGUGAUCAAGGCCCAGCUUACACGGAUUAUCGAGUCCGAGGACUACCAACGCUCGGUGCGGGUGCUCGCGCGGGAGAAGGAGAUGCAGCAGCCUCCCAGAGAGCAGGAGAAGAAGCGCGGGUUUGGCUUUUACAGGCGACGGAACUCAUUCAGUAGUAAGGAUACUCUGACCACGCCGAGUUCCGAGGGUUUGCAGCUGGGUAACGACCCACUCAACGCUUUCAACCCGCUUGUAUCGGUGUAUUAUCUUGUUCGGGAGAGGCAAGAACGAAACAGUCUUGAUCGACGGACCGUGGUCAGCUCUGCCCCCAAGAAGGACCAGGUUCCAGAGAUAGUGCCACCUCAGGAGGCGCACACCAACUCGUCUGCCUACGAGAUGCCUGGAGAGAAGGCUACCGGCGGACGCACUCGGCCGCGGGCCCGGACUCAUGGCGAAGAUGACGCCCCCGAAUCCGUCAAGGCUGCCCAGCCCUCGCUCACCACGGCCAUUCCUCCCGAGUCGCGGCUUGAGCCGCCCAAGAAGGAAAGCACGGCUGCCGGGUUGCUGCGCCGCUUUAGCACUAGGAGAAAGAAGGACUACGAACGGCCCGAGAAGGACCGCUCGCACCCGCCGGUUGUCCAGGUCCACUCGCCGGUUGUCCAGGUCUACUCGCCGGGCGAAUCACCAUCUUCAUCAGGCAUGCGAAAAAGCUUCAGUAUCAGACGUGGUCGGCGCGAACGCGAGGACCAUGCAUCCGACUCGCAAACCCUCAGGGCUGGCAGCAGCCAGCCGCAGCACAGCGACCUGCUCAGUCCUCCUCUGUCGGCCGGUGCGAAUGUCACUGGGUUUAGGAAGGGACUAGGCCGGUCCGCCAGCGUGAACUCUGGUGAGUUUGGUCGUCGGAGGGCGAUGGGAUCAAGGUCCAAGGACCCUCCACCGACUAGCGGCUCGGACCACUCGACUAUUCACGAGAAGCCGCAGGCCGAACAGCAGAGCAAUCAGCUACAAGCCUCGGGACAACAGAACAACAUGGCGAUGCGGGCCAAGUCGCUUGGACAUGCCCGGCGCGAGAGCAUCCAGGCCAGGCGGCAGCGGCGUGAGGCCGAACGGGGCCGCGAGGCUAACGUCCCUGAAGAGACGGACGCCGAGGUGAAUGGGGCCGGCGAUGGCGGAUCAGAAGAGCGCGUCACCGAUUUUGAUCUGGAUAAGCCUGUAUAUCUCAAAGGCCUCUUCAGCGUGUCGACGACGUCGGGCAAGCCGGUGCGUGAGAUACGCAACGAGAUCAAGAGGGUGCUGCGGCAACUGGGCGUCGAUUACACGGAGAUCAAGGGUGGCUUCAACUGCAGGCAUUCUCCCAGCAUUGACCUUGAGAAGGUGUCAAUGGACCUGCCGACCAGCCCGGCAGCGCAGACGCCUGGUGGGACGCACAGACGGCGGUUCAGCUUCGGCCUGCGCGGAAGCGAUAAUAGGGAGGACGUGCGGGAUGCGCUGGAAAGGGUUCCACCCACGCCGCGGACGCCAGGCAGGGGCGGCCAUGGCAGCCACCAGCGCAGCGACUCGAGCUCCGAGAUAUCCGACGACAGCGAGGCGGUACGGGCGGACAACGGCGAGUCGUCGUCGCGCAAGAUGGUAUCGCAACCGGCUGGCGAGACGAGGACGCACGUGCGGAGCGACAUGGGAGGGAACCUGGUGCUCGAGUUCGAGAUUUUUAUCGUCAAGGUGCCGAUGAUCUCGCUCCACGGAAUCCAGUUCAAGAGGCUGAGUGGAAACACUUGGCCUUACAAGAACAUGGCGGACCAGAUUCUGAAGGAGCUGAAAUUGUAGUGUUAAUACUCUAUAUCGUGUUUCUCCUUUCCACCCUUGGUGUUUUCGUUUUCGUCUCUUAUGUCUCGCACCGCUCGCUCCAUCAUCACGCCGCAGCCAUUGCAAGAUUGGCUUUAUCAUUUCUUAGCACCUCCACCAUUCCAAGCCCACGUCUCUGUCCGUCUCCGGCAAACCCAUCUUCCUAGGCGCCUUUGUUGGACUAUAUCUUGUCUUAUUCUAUCUUCUUCCUUUUCUUCUCGGUUGAGUCGUAAACGAGGUUUGGUUUCUCGUCCUGUUGACGUUCCGCAAAGCUUGUAUUUUAUUCGCUGGAGCUCACGCGGCUGGCCGUCUGACCACAAAGUCUCGGGUCUUCAUCGAUGCGAAGCAUUUGCGUGCCGGUUUUGUAUCAGCCUGUUGCCAGUUGCCCUUUCAUCUUUGUAUACUUGUGGCUUUCGCCUUGUUUCCUAUUAUUUCUUUUCCCCAUAAUUUGGUUGUCCCAGAGGUUCAAAACGUAAUACACAAAAAUGGUUCUAAUGCACAAGGGCGGAUCUUUAACAUUUUUCUUCUUCAUUUUCUCUUUUCCCCAUUUUCGGAUCUGCAAUGACGAAGUCGAAGAAGCCCUAGCUGGAUGUGACAGGAGCGACACCACAUCCAUCACGUCACAACAGCGACGGUCUAGUGUCGUCACUCUAGUUGCCAGGAUGGAGGAUAGUCGUAUAUCAGCAAAAUAUUGACACGGCCUGAGGUUAAUGAUUGAUAUGGAGGUUGCGUGGGUCACUGCACUUUAUGGGUGGGUGGGUGAG